CCACGUGAGCUCUCGCGGUGUUAGCUCCGACAUUAGCCACGGUCGCAGGCUGCAGACCGAGCAGCAGCAGCAGCAGCAGAGACUGAGGCCUCCGGUUCCUCCGGUUCACGAGCUCAACCUCAGGGUGUUUGUGCACAAAACUCUCGGCUGUUGGCGGCGUCCCACUUUUUCCUUCUGUUACACGUUUUGCUGUGUUUUUGAGGUUGACGACAACAUUUGGGAAAUCAAGGUUUCAGUGUCCUACAGAAAUCAUCAGUCUGGUAUACAGUGAAACUAUUCACACAGCUUAGUUGCAUUGGUUGUAGGGCUGUGGUUUAGCAGUCAGUAUGGCGGUAGUCAUCAGACUGCAGGGUCUGCCCAUAGUGGCUGGGACCAUGGACAUCAGACACUUCUUCUCAGGCCUCACCAUCCCUGACGGGGGAGUGCACAUCGUAGGGGGUGAGCAUGGCGAGGCCUUCAUCGUUUUUGCCACUGAUGAGGAUGCUCGGCUGGGGAUGAUGCGUACAGGCGGGUCCAUUAAAGGCUCCAAAGUGUCGCUGUUGCUGAGCAGUAAGACAGAAAUGCAGAAUAUGAUUGAACUCAGUCGCCGCAGGUUUGAGGCUGGAGCAGGUGCUGUUGAAACAGCUGCACCUACAGCAGGGAAUGCCAAUCGGCAAGGGGGCACAGCCCCUAUGCCCACAGUGCAGCCAGGGGCAGGGGGGAGAAGUGGUAGCCAUGGAAACCAGGGUUUCAGUAACACCUCUGCCUCAGUGACAGCUGCAAGCUCAAUACAGGAGCCACCAAGCCACAAAGUAGCAGCCAGCUUGGCUAGCAUAGUGCACUGCUUCCCCAACAGUUACAGCUCAACACCUACAAUCACCACAGCCCUUGCAUCACUCAAUGCAGGCCCCCCGCCCAUCCCUCCACUUCCCAGCAUGCCUUCCAUGCCCCCCAUGCCUACACUGCCCAGCAUUCCAGUUCCACCUCCAGUGUCCUCGCUACCCCCUGUCCCUACUGUCUCCCCCAUGUCACAAGGCCCUCCAAUGCCUCCUAUGUCUCACCUCUCCCACAUGUCUUCCCUGCCUCCCUUUAACCCCUCCCUACCUCCCCCAGCAGGAUUAGGCCCAGGUCUUCCUCUUGGAACCCCCAAUUCAAUGCUGUUUAAUCCUCUCUCCCCCCUGGCCUCUCUUGGCCUUCAGGCCCACAUGAAGGCUGCAGCGGCUGUAGCCACUGGGGUAGGAAUAGCUAAUCCGGAUGAGUUGUUUGUCCUACUGCAGAAUCUCCCAUUCUCCUGCUCAGAGGUGGAGGUCAGGGAAUUCUUCCGGGGUCUGGGUGUGGAUGGGGCUCGUCUGCUGAGGGAUGGGCAAGGUCGGCCAACUGGCAGGGCUAUGGUUAAGUUCUUCUCACCUCAGGACAGCUUUGAAGCAGUGAAGCGGGGAGGUGGCAUGAUGGGUCAAAGGUUCAUUGAAAUCACUCCAUCCUCUGAGCGGCAGUGGGCCAGCCUCAGUGACGGUAUGAUGGGUCAUGCUCCACAUAAUAGCAGCAAAUCAGAUCACAUCAACGAAUUUCACGACCACCAGCACCGUCGUGGUAAUGCUGGGUCCGGAGGUAGGGAUCAGCGAGGAAGGUCAAGAUCUCCCCACCGGCAGGAAUUCUGUGUCUACCUGAAGGGCCUUCCCUAUGAGGCAGACAAGAAACAGAUUAAGGAGUUCUUUAACAAUUUGUCUAUUGUCGAGGACAGUGUCUACAUCGCCUAUGGACCCAAUGGGCGAGCCACAGGAGAAGGCUUCCUUGAGUUCAAAGCAGAACAGGACCACAAGACUGCUCUGGGUGCUCACAUGCAGUACAUGGGCACCCGCUUUAUACAGGUCCAGCCAAUCAGCCGGAAAGGAAUGCUUGAAAAGAUUGAUUCCAUCCGCAAACGUGAAGCAACACAGGGUGAUGGCAAGAACCAGGAUGGCCUGAAAGCUCCCAGGAACUGCGCCCACAUCACCAACAUUCCUUACAACAUCUCCAAGAAGGAUGUUCGUGCCUUCCUCGAUGGUGUAGGGCUUUAUGAGGACACCCUGAAGGUUCUGACAGAUAGCCAUGGCAAUGGUUUAGGGCAAUCCAUCUUCCAGCUGCGAACUGAGGAAGACGCCCGCAAAGCUGAAAGACUGCACCGUCAAAAACUCAAUGGCCGUGAUGCCUUUAUCCACCUAGUGACCUUUGAGCAAAUGAAGGAAAUCGAGAGAAAUCCUCCCCCUCAGAACAAGAGGGGUCAACGCAACCAAAAUCAGCAGGGCCAAAAUCAGAAUCCGCACCAGCAAACCCAGCCCAGUCCCCAGCAGCCCCAGAUCAACCCAUUUGCUGGGAUUAGUGGGGAAGAGUUUAACUUUCUCAGAAACACUAUGGGGAACCUCAAUAAUGCCCCCUUUGUGACUCCAUUCUCAGCCCCAGGGAAUGGGCUGGCAGGCCCUCCUCCUCUGCCUCCCCUGACAGCAGGGCUGGGAGACGUGAAUCUGGGUGUGGCUCCACCACUAGUUGCCGGUCUUCCUGGAGCACCAAUCAUGGAGCCACCAGGCUUUCGAACUGGAACUGGAGGAGGAGCUCCAUUCAGUCAAGAUGGGCUUAGAGGCUUGGUGCCCUUUGAAAGUGCCAACAGAAAAGCAAGUGGAGGAGGACAGAAUAGAGGAGGAGGUGCUAACAGCAACCAAGGACGUCCAGGUGGUGGGGCCACAGGUGGGCAGCAGGUGUUCACUCAAGGAGCUGACAGUCUCCGUAACCAGCCAGCCCCCGGCGGAUCCAACAAUCCCAAUAGUCAACGUGGUGCUGCUGGCCCAACAAUUGUAAAACUUCAGAACAUGCCAUUCACUGUAACCGUGGAUGAGAUCAUGGACUUCUUCUAUGGCUACCAGGUGUUGCAAGGCUCAGUCUGCCUGCAGUUCAGUGAGAAAGGCCUACCAACUGGCGAGGCCAUGGUGGCCUUUCAGAACCAUGAGGAGGCUGCUGCUGCUGUCAUGGACCUCAAUGACCGACCUAUUGGCGCUCGUAAAGUCAAAAUAAGCCUUGGGUAAAGCCCUACCCAAAACAGACUAACUGUAGAUACAAGAUGUUACACCUACCUGGAUCAACAAUCUAGGUAAAAGCAAAUAUACCAGAUUGGAUUUAAAACUCAAUGUUUUUCAGUUUAGACCUUGACCUGUCUGCUCACUGUCAGUUAUUACUAAAGCGCCCCCUCUCCUUGUGUGUAGAUAAUAGCAGGUAGGCCCCAGCCCCUGCAGUCUGUCCAAUAGGAAGACUCUGAUCCAGACUGUUCUUUCCUGCAGCUCCUCCACUGACUGUCGUAACACAAACGGAUGAUAAUGAUGAUUUUGGUGAUUUUGGUCUCAUCUUGCCUUGUUUCCAUGACAGCUUUGCAGCAUUUUGUCCAAUAAUGUCAAGAGUUGAUGCAUUGAACAUACUCUACACCUGUUGUGCUGCUAUGGUAACAUGAUGGUUUAAUGAGCAAUUCUUGCUUUAUGCGCUUCAAUAUGCUGUGCUGCUGUGCUGUUGCAAUGGUAAGAUGAUAUCAUGCUCUGUUGCUAUGAAAAAUAUAUGAUGAAAAGUCACAGUACAAAUGCCAUGAUAACAUGUCAAUGCUCUGUUGCUAUGGUAAAAAUAUUUACAUGCUCUGUUGCUAUUGUAACAUCUUAAAAUGCUCUGUUGCUAUGAUAAACUCUUAAAAUGCUUUUUUGCUGUGGUCUAAUCUUCAAAUGCCAUGUUGCAAUGACAAGUUUAACAUGCUGUGUUGCUAUGGUAAAACCUGCUGUAGAUUACAUCUUGGUGCUCUGUUGCUAUGGUAAUGUCUUUGCAUUUCCUGUUGCUACGAUAAAAUCAUAAUGUAAAGCUAUGUUGCUGUUAUCUAAAGUUAAUGCUCUGUUGCUGUGGUGAAAUGUUGACAUGCCCUGUUGCAUUGUUGUAAGAGGCUGAUCCUGUUGCUAUGGUAACAUGACUAUACAUUUCUGUUUUGCAGUGCUCUGUGGAUGUGGGAUGGACAGAUUCCUUACUCUUGUUUAAUUUUGUAAAUAAUGCACUGGGGCUGCUGAAUCCUUUCCCUCUGUCUUAUUUUUCUGAUGUUGCUGUGUUUUGACAAUGCGACUACCCCCACCCCCCAAGCCUUUCCUUUGCACAUGCUCAGUAGGUUUUUGGAUUGUAGAACGUUGAGAUGAGGUCUAGCAUUUUUAGUUUGGUAGCUGUUUGUUGUAUGUAGAUUUGACAAUGUUUUGGAUGUUUCCACCGCGAAGCUCAUUUUUUGUUCCUAUUGUCAGUGUAAACAAAUGUGUAUGAUCAUAUAACCAUACAUGAUGUGGAGUCGUCUUUGCUUUGGUUAAUAAAAGGACAUUCCUGAUGCACUAAUGCUCACCUGCAAUCAGCUCUCUCUAAUUGCCUGCUCUUCACUGUCUGCUGAUGGAUGGAUGAUGGAAACUCAUUCAUUUUUGAGUUUCUGGGUCAAUUUUCUUUCAUCUUGAAUUGUAAUCCGAGUUGGUUUUAUUUGGAACACGGAUGACUUUCAUUCUGACAUUUUCAGUGCAGUAUGAGGUACUUAAAUUUUAAACUUUGUCAAAAGCAAUCUUUGCCUUUUUUUAAUAUUGGAAAUUUAGCUAUAUAGUGGAUCAAAAUAUGAAGUUGAAACUGUCACUUCUGCUUGCAGCUGGGCCCAAUAUUUAACUUUCAUUUCUGACAAACAGUGGCUGAUAGAUGCUAACUGCUGGUCACUGCUACAGUAGCAGGGAAGCAAAUUGCUGACAGGCCAUCAUGGAGACAAAGCUACCACCUUUUUAUUGGAUUAAUUUGGCAUGAUUUAAUGUUAUGUAUAAUUAUAUAUUGCCUGAAAAACGUCAAUGCUUUCAAGACUAAUGGUCUAAAUCUUGUUUGUCACCUCAUCUGCUCUUAGCUUGUGUGGUGUGAAAAUAAAGCCACUGAACCAUUUAUAGUUGGUGCACAAAUGCAGCUGUACCGAACUUCACUAGCAGAAAGCAUCAGUAGAGGUUGUUCUGACUCAAAAUGAAACAUCUGCUCAGGAAAUGAUUUACCUCUAAAUGGCUACCCUGAUCGCAAUGCUCUACUAGCUGUGCUCACUGUGUUUGUUUGUGUGCAUGAGGUCUUAAUAAAGUGAAAUAAAACACUG